AUGGAUGUGCACCUGAUCUCGCUUCCCUUCAUCAGUGCUUCGGGAGAGCAGCGCGAUGAGCUCAUCGAGCUCAUCUUCGAAGAUGCUGUGGCCCAGGUAGAGGAGAUCUUGCAGCGGCCCCAGGAUCCAGAUCUCACCGCCAGUGAAGAAGGCGAGAACCCCUUGAUGUUGCCCAUUGUCUUUGCUGCCAGUCUCGGCCAUACUGAAAUUGUUCGGCUACUCGCUGAGGCCGGGGCGGAUAUAAAUGAGCUUGGAGGCCACGGACAUCCUGAUCACUAUCAAGAAUCCGCCACGGCUCUCAUAAAGGCCUGUGAGCACGGUCACUUGGAAACUUCUCGCGUGCUCUUGGAGCUUGGGGCCUGUGUGGAUGAAUAUGAAGGGGCCGAGUGUGCGACAGCUCUGAUCCGUGCAGCUGAGCAGGGGCAUGUCGACAUCGUACGUCUGCUCAUCGCGGCUGAAGCACAGGUCAAUCAGAAACAGCGACGUGGCAGGACAGCUCUUGUUUGCGCAUGCUUCCGAAACCAUUUGGAAACUGCCCGAGUGCUGGUGGAGGCCAAAGCUGACGUGAAUGUUCCCGACAACCUCGGCAUGACUGCAUUGAGUUGGACAUCUGGCGCAGGCCAUGUGGAAGUUGUGCAAUUGCUGCUCCAAGCCAGGGCUGCCCCUGAACUGGAAAGUGAUGCUGGCCUUACAGCUGCUAUGUGCGCAUCCAUGCGGGGCCGCUCGGAUAUCGCAGGGCUGCUUCUUGAGGUUUGCGAUGCGCCCGAUUGUGCUCCGAUGAAGACAGCCGCAAUUGCUGCCGCAUCUAUCAUGGGGCAAACUCAGACCCUACAGUUCUUACUGGAUGCGAGAGCAGGAACGGACGUGCCAGACGACGGAAGAUGUGUCGCUGUCAUCUGCGCUGCAGCGACUGGUCAUGUGGAAACAGUCCGGAUGCUCUUGAAGGUCGGAGUGGGUGUAACCCGCCAGUACACUGAAGACACCUUAGCGCUUUUGAGUGCGGCGGAUCGAGGCAACGUAGCGUUGGCGCGUGUCUUGCUGGAAAAUGGCGUGUCGAUGCACGCAGGCCACGCUGGGCUUCAAGGCCUCGUCUCUGCGGCUAUCAAUGGGCAUGAAGAAAUGGUGGCGCUGCUUUUGCAGGCUCAGGCUGGCACAGAUGUUGUCACUGACGGUGGCCGAGCGGCCAUCGCGUGCAUUUGCGCGGCAAGCCAAGAUCAUCGAGAGCUUGGCGCAUGGUUGAUUGAGACGCACAGCAGUGUGCGUGGAGAGAUGGUGGGCAACGAGUGGCCGAAAUUGUGCCGAUUCUUGAAUCCUGCAAGCCUUGUGUGUUGA